GUGAAGCCUCUGCAGCGCGCACACACACAGGAAGACUCUCCGGUGCACGGGACCUCUUACUACCACAGUGACGCGCUGCAUGUUCAACACACACACACACACUUGUGAUAAUCUCGAGGCGAAGACGCAAUUUCAGCCACAUUCAGGGGAUUUUACUCUCGAGGUGAUUCCCGGACUGCAGAUCCUCUCUGUUGUCACUAAGCAGAACACGAGCGAGAUUCAAGGACGACAGGAAGGGAUCGAGGCCGGGAGGUCAGUCCAGUACGAGGAGACAUCAUGAAUCCUGCGCUGGAAUAGUGUAGAGAUUGGAAUAUCGACUGCAAAGCCGCAGCUCGCACAGAUCCUCCAGAUUUCAGGUGGGGAGAUGUGCGUGCACGGGGGACGAGGCGUCUGGAAUUAAGCGCGGGAGAGAAAGGAUGACGACGGCGAGACAAUAAAGACGAAGUAGUUUUGGGGCCUGUGCAGACUUCCCGCCGCAGCAGUUGGAUGUCGACGCAGCCACGAUGACAAUGAAAGGCCUGUCCAGCAGCCGCAGUCACCAUCACACGGUGACCUGUGACCCCUCUUACGACUCCAUGACCCUGGGGCACUCGGAUCGCCGGCCCUACUUCCUCAACCCUGGCGAGGCUCAUUCUGCUGACCACCCUUGCUACACCCAGCGCAACUCCUUCCAGUCCGAGUGCAGCGCCUACCCUGAUCUGGCCAGUUGCACCUUCCCUCGCAGACAUUACAGCUCCCACCAUGAGCUCAAGGAGGAGUGCGGCGCCGUGGUGCCUUAUACGGGGCAAGCGGGAAGCGUUAAGGGAAGCGGAGGAAGCAACAACCGCAUCUCCUCGAACCUGCUGGAGCAGUUCGAGUGCCAGGCUCCAGUGCGGCACGAAGGCUACCACACGCUGCAGUACAAGCGCACCGCGGUAGAACACCAACGCAGCGACAGCCCCGGUCGGAUCCGGCAUCUCGUUCACUCCGUCCAGAAGCUUUUCACCAAGUCCCACUCCCUGGAGGGGCCGUCGGGGGGAGGAGGGAGCGGGAGGAUGAACGGUAGCAAGUCCAGUCCUGACGACCCUCCCUCGUCCUCCGGCACCCUGAAGCACAGCAAACGCAGUAAGAGCAAGGACCGCUCAAAGUCUGAGCCCAAGAUGCGCACCGCCAUCUCAGGCUACUGGAGCUCAGACGACACGCUCGACCGAGAGAUGUGCCUCUACCACCAUCACCACGGGGGGACAAGUGGAGGCCUCCCCUCUGGGGUCAUGACUAUGGGGCGCCACCCUGACAAAUCCCAGUCGCAGUACUUCAUGGAGUCCUACAACACUAUCAGUGCCCACUCGCUCAAGACGUCGCGCAGCAACAACGACGUGAAGUGCUCGACGUGCUCCGGGGGCAGCGGCGGCGGCGGCGGGCUGCCGCUGGUGAGCUCGCUGGACGGCCAGGUGCAGCUGAAGAAGAGCUCGUGGUCUUCUACGCUGACGGUGAGCAGAGCACGAGAGGUCUACCAGAAAGCCUCAGUCAACCUAGAUAAAGCUCUAGUGAAAGCCGAGCAGGGACGCACCUGCCACUUCCUACAGGUGCCUCAGGAUGACUGGAGCAGCUUCUCUCCGCUGGCGAAGGAAGACGAGAUCCCGUGCCGGCGGAUGCGCAGCGGCAGCUACAUCAAAGCCAUGGCGGAGGAAGACAGCGGCGACUCGGACUGCAGCCCCAAGCCCUCGCCCAAGGUCCAGGCGCGGCGGGCGAGUUACCUGAAGGCCACGCAGCCGUCUCUCACGGAGAUGACCACGCUGAAGAUUUCCACGGAGCACUCGCCCAAGCUGCAGAUCCGGAGUCACAGCUAUCUGCGGGCGGUGAGUGAGGUUUCCAUCAAUAGGAGUCUGGACAGCUUGGACCCAGCAGGGCUGCUGGCCUCGCCUAAAUUCCGCUCGCGAAACGAGAGCUACAUGAGAGCCAUGAGCACCAUCAGCCAGGUGAGCGAGGUGGAGGUGAACGGGCAGAUCGAGGCGGUGUGUGAGUCGGUGUUCAGCGAGAUGGAGUCGCAGGCGGUGGAUGCCCUGGACCUGCCCAUGGCCGGCUGCUUCCGCAUGCGGAGCCACAGCUACGUGCGUGCCAUAGAGAAGGGCUGCUCGCAGGAGGAGGAGGAGGCCGCCGUCGCGGCGGGCCACAGGAGGAGCCACUCGCCCCCACGCACAACCACCACGGUCAGGACCAUCCAGAGCAGCACAGUGUCAUCAUGCAUCACCACCUACAAGAAGACGCCUCCCCCGGUCCCUCCACGCACCACCCCGUCCAAACCCUUCAUAUCCAUCACGGCCCAAAGCAGCACGGAGUCUGCGCAGGACGCUUACAUGGACGGGGGCUCGGGCCAGCGGACGGGCAUCAGCUCCCAGCCGGGCCUGUCCAAUUCCACGGAGAGCAUCGACAGCAUGAAGGCCCUGACGGCCGCCAUAGAGGCGGCUAACGCUCAGGUGCACGGCCCCGCCAGCCAGCACGUCACCAACAGCACCAUCACCAUCACCGCCACUGCCACCACCUCCGCCGUAGCACACGUCUCCACAGACAGCAAGGCUCAGAGGGAAGCGCUCCGCAAGUGCCUCUCCAUAGGGAUCCAGGUGGACCCAGAGGAAGAGGGGCCCUCAGAGGAGCAGUCUAAAUUCCAGUCGAUAGGAAUUCAGGUGGAGGACGAGCGAUGUUACCGCAGGAUGACCCGGUCCAACAGCGUAACCACGGCCGUGCAGGCCGACCUCGACGACCCCAACGACGCCCCAGAGCUGCCGCCUCGUCACUGUGCCACCAUGCCGCGCCAGCACUCCCGCGACAAUGCCGGCUCCACCGUCAGCAUCCAAGGCUCGGGCAACCACUACCACGCCUGCGCCGGAGACGACUACGGGGAUGUGGGGUUCGACCCGUCUAUCCUGCCCCCUCCGGACCCCUGGAUGGACAGCGUGGCCGAGCCGGAGGCGGACGUUUUGGAGGCCGUCGGCCGAUUGGUGUGCCCCCGUGACGGCCGCUGGUUCCUCAAGCUGCUGCAUGCGGAGACGGAGCGCAUGGAGGGCUGGUGUCGACAGAUGGAGCAGGACGAGAUGGAGAAUGAGCUGUCUGAUGAGAUCCUGGGGAAGAUCCGCAGUGCAGUGGGGAGUGCCCAGCUCCUGAUGUCCCAGAAGUUCCAGCAGUUCCGGGAGCUGUGUGAGGAGAAUCUGAACCCGAACUCACACCAGCGGCCCAUCUCCCAGGACCUGGCCGGUUUCUGGGACAUGCUCCAGCUGUCAAUCGAGAACAUCAGCCUGAAGUUUGACGAGCUCCACCAACUCAAAGCCAACAACUGGAAACCUCUGUCGCCCCCGGAAAUCCAGGAGAGAAGGAUGCCCCCUCCCGUGCCAAAGAAGCCCCAGAAGGGCCACCCUCCCCUGGCUAGGGACCGCUCGCUGGAGAGCAAUGAGCGCCAGCGUCUGGAGGCUCGCAAACGCCUGCUAGCUGCCAAACGUGCUGCGUCGGUUCGGCAGAGCUCCGCCACCGAGAGCGCAGACAGUAUCGAGAUUUAUAUCCCAGAGGCUCAGACCAGACUAUGAGACAAACACACACACAGACACACUGUCCCACACACACAAUAGCACUGAAUGGUAAGGCUAGGGUGCUAACGUUACAUAAUCCUAUUAUUUGCGGACUUCCCAGAUCACUGUGGGGGGCGUCAGUCAGGAUGGAGGCAAAUGUACAUUUACAAUAUUUAUUUAUUUAUUGAUCUGCUCCCCGUCCUCGUUUCCUCCUCCCAGCCUUGAUGUAGCACUCCCUCUUUCCUCCUGUACCUCCGCCCGAGCCCUUCACUCCCAAAGAAAUCUCUUUAUGGAUCCCUUUUUUUUUCAAAGUGACCUGAUGUUACAUAAGUAAGCCAGGUGUAGCACAGCAGAAAUGCUUCACGUCAAUAUGUGUUACAGGGAAACGUGGAGGAAGCAUGCACGUGCACGAGGAGUGUGUGUGUUUGUAAACACACACGCAAACACACACAAGAGAGAACAGACCUAUGAACUCAUAUUUUAUAUAUUUAUUAAGUUGAUUUUAUUCUUUUUUUUACAAAAUCCCAUGAUUCUGAUUCUGAAAAUAUAGAUUUGUUUUGUAUAAUGAGGGUAAACAUCAGAGCAGAACAUUGUUGAAAAGAGCUGACAAGGCAAUUAUAGUGACACAGUUCACCAUGUGUCUGAAAAUGGGUCUUUCCGGUGUCAGGAGGUCGACCCGGUAGGAAAGGUCAAGGGUCAAGUCGUGUUUUCCCCCUCCAGGUGAGGCGAGGGAGCGGAUUUUGAAGCUCUGCAUUUCACUGUUUUAAAAACACCACAAAACCUAAUCAGUGUUUUUUCGAGCGAGACACAGAGUCUGCGUGCGUCCGUUUCUGAUUCAGAACUUCAUUUAAAAAAAAGUGCUUCCUACUUUUCUGGGGUUGUGACCGAUAAGGUAGCAGCAUCGACGACCUGUAAACAGACCAUCCGUCCUGUCUCAUUUUAAACUGAGCAACACGUUUGUAUAAAGGACAUAGCGUAUAACGACCUGACUUGCAUGCCGACACAAGGUAACUGAUAUUUAUGUCCUUUUUUUUUUUUUACAGGUUUACUCGUUUCUCACGUUGCAUUCGAGCUCCUCGGUGUUGCGGAAGCUAAAAAUACUGAUAUUUGGUACAAUACUGGUAGUUGUACUAUAUUUUACUAUGUCGUUUUUAAACAAGAGAGAUUUAUGGACAGUAUUUGAGACUGAAGGACUGAAAAGGGACUAUUUCCUCCUCACUGUGUGUGCACUAUCUCUGCCUCCAAAUGAAGCAAUUAUUUCGAGGUCAUAUACAAAAGAAAAACCAAUUUAUAAUAUUUUGUAUUCAUGUUUAAUUUAUUGAUUAGAAGAACAAUGACUGUUUCUUGACAUUGUGAUUAUGAUUAUGCACUGACAACAAGGCCCUUCUACUGUGUUUAUGUUUUCUGUGUGUUUAGCAUGACAGGCACCUUUUUUAUUUUGAUUUCUGUUUCAGUGAUCAGCCUUAAUUUCUAAUAUGAUAGUUGAGCACAACAGCAGUCUCAGGGGAAGGAGUGAGUGUGCAUGUGUGUUGUGUAUGUGAGACUGUGUGAGACUGAGGAUAGGAGCGCGUGCGACUGACCUCAUGUGACUGUAUGUGACCCAUGGCUUUUUUUCUCUUACUGUACAUAACCCCCCACCCUGAAGACAGGCCACGUUCUUAAAUAAAGGAAAUAGUCUCCACGCCAUGUUUUUUGAACACCUGGGCCCUGCUUACUUCAGCAUAACAAGGUAUUUCUGUCCGCUGCUCGAACACGGAGACAAUCCUGAAUCACACAAAUGUUCCGACGACAGACUAUAGCAGGACUUUGGGGUGUCAGCCUGUAUUGAUCUGACAGAGUUUCGUGCCAUUGGAUAAUUAUAGAUAAAGGAUAUAUCCCUGCUAUUUGUCCCUAUUGAACGCAGCCUGAAGAUUUCAUUGAUUUGUUUGUGAAGGAACUCGAGUGAUGAAGUAAACGUACAGUUGGAUUUGUAUUUCCUUUACCUGGUCAAUUUUAGAGAGGGUGCAUAAAAGUAAUAGUUCAAACUUGAAUGCCAUAUAAUGUAGAUGAAGAUUUUUCUUCUUUUUUUUUUACUUUGGAACUUGUAUUUGAAUUAAACUGUCAAAUGAUUUCAUUUCUUAUUUAUGUUUUAUUAUAUUAACAUAUCAAUAUAAUGCUCCUGGUAUAGCAGGGGAGUUAGAAACCAGAAUGUUGGAUUGUGGCUAAACUCUAAAGACACUCCAGCAAACCUGGCAACCCUGGAGCUUGUGAUGUAGUUAUAAUAAAGAGGAAAAACAUUCAAAUAAACAUUUGUACAUACAUGAAUGUUUCCCUAUGUAAAUGUAAGCUAAAAAAAGAACCCAAUCAAAUGACAUAUUAAGCAGAUAUACAUUUUGUAAUUAAUGUUAUUACACUGUUGAUGUUAUGGCACGUGUAUGAGCUCUUAUCAGCAUUAAAACAUAUAUAUAUAUAUCAUUGCCA